AUGGCAGUUCUCGACUCUGCCCUGAAGCUGCUACUGCUGCAGCUGCUGGGACUCCAGAUGCUACUUUCUCCCAGCUUCUCUGUAAGUUCUCCUGAAGGAUGCACCUUCCCUGAAACAACCAACAUGACCACCAACUUCUCCAUGAAGGCAGAUUCGAAUGUUUACAAAACCAACAAAACUUACACGGUGACUUUUUCUGGAAAUGAGAACCUCCACACUGUGAUCCUUCAAGCGGUGGACAAGGACAAUAAGUCAGUUGGCCAGUGGCAAAAUCCUGAUCAGAUGUGCAACAACUCUGUCAUCUAUCAGAUGAAGAAUUCCAGCAGAAGCAUCUUCCAAGCAAAUUGGACAUCCCCUAAUUGCUCAGAUAUCAUGGAAGUUGAGAUACGGUAA